AUUUAAUUAUUAAAAAAUAUUAUACCAAAUUGUUUUUUUUUGUGAAAUCAUUAUUGAAAGUCACAAAAGAGUCGCUAACUAAAUACUCGUUAAUUUUGUGUCUAAAGAGUCGUUAAUUGAAUAAUUACUAAUUAUGUAUCUAAACAGUCCCUAAUAUACAACCACGGAAAGGCAGAGUAAAAUGGUCUCAAAUUUGCGACUAUUUUGAGACGAAAAAAAUUCCGACCAAAUAUUUGCGAUUACCACUUUGAGUAGCUACAUAGUCACCAAGAAUGUAUUUGCCACUAUUUUGUGACGCAUCCGGUGGUGGAAAAUGAUGUGUUUUCUAAUAUUUAUCGACUUGUGCUACUGAAUUAAUAAAUAUUAAUUAAUAAUAAAAAAAUUAUUUAUUUUAUUAAAUAAUUUUCUAUUCAAACUUACCAUCAUUUUCUAAAUAUAUUCUAUUAAAGUGAAAUACUUUUUAAAAAUAACCCUUCUUUCAUCUUACGAAUUACAAAUUGUGACACUAACUAAUAAUUGUUAAUUAAUCAACAAUUAUUUAUUUUGUUAGAUUAUUGUCUAUCCAAACUUACCAUUAUUCUCUAAAUCUGUUAUAUUAAAAUUGAAGUAGCUUUUAGAAAUAACUCUUCUCUCUUUUUAAUAAUUACAGCUUGUGCCAGUUAAUUAAUAACUAUAAUUAAUCAAAAAUAUUUUAUUUUGUUAGAUUACUCUUUAUUCAAACUUAACAUUAUUCUCUAAAUCAAAUGAUUCUCUAACCGGGUUAUUUUCUAACUAAUUUUUACAAUAAAAUUAAACAGAUUUAUUUAAGAUGUCACAUACAAACUUUAAUUUUUAUAUAUGCAUGUAUAUUAUUAUCUCAUUUCACAUCAAAUAUAAACUAUAAUUUUUAUUAGAACAUAUAAAGUUAUUUUUCAAAUAUAUGUUAAAAUUUUUGAUAUUUGGCAUUUAAAUAAAUUUAAAUUUAAUAUUUUCUUAAGAAUUAACGUAGAAGUGGAAUUUAUUUAGCAUAUAAAUAACUUAGAGACAUAUAUGUCUAACUUAUUAAAACAGAAGUACAUUUUAUUUGACACAAAAUAUUGUAUUUUGGAAAUAUAGAUUUAUUAAUAUACAUAAACAUACUAAUUUAUGUUUUGGUUUAUCUAUAAAUACAUCAAAAUGAUUAAUGUAGUUAAGAAAUAUUAACUGAAAUAUAUGUUGUAUAACAUAUUAUUUUGAUUGUUUUAAUAACCAAUCACAAUAUAAGCAAACAAAAAAUUAUAGACAAUUAAAAAUUGUCUAUUUAUCAUAAAUGUUAUAUACUAUAAAUCGAACAAACAUCCAGGAUUCAUGUUUGUGCAACCAUUACAUUAUUAUGUUUGUGAAGAAUUUUAUAUGUCUAUUCUAUUAAGAAAACACAUGUGCGGAUGUACGGGUUAAGCUCUAGUUUAAACAUUAAAACAAUAAACGACAAAAUAUUUAAUCAUAAGUGUAAUGUGUAACUGUAAGGACUAAAAUGCAAAUAAAAAUACGAAACUUCAAAUUUGAUGUUUUGAGUAGUGGCACUUCAAAUAUGAAGUCUUACUGUUCAAAAGUUUAAAUUUGAAGUUUUGGAGUUUUUUUAGAAUAAAACACUUCAACUUUGAAGUUAUACUAUGUUUUUUUUCUGAUUGAUGACUUAUUCCUUUGAGGAGACUAAUUGUUUGUUGGUUUAUAGAUAUCCUAAAGGUCACCACGUUCAUGUGAUGAGGAAGGCCAGUUGCAAUAUUGAACAUGUUAUACUUUUGUUUCUGCUCUUUAACAUAUCUUAUUAUGGCACGAUCAGUAAGUCAUGUUUAGACUUUUUCUUCGACGUGUUAUAUAUGCUUUGGUUUCUUGGCUUUAAAUAUGUCCAAGUGUUCGUUUCUAUCGUAUGAUUUUGGAUAAAGACAUACAAGCCAAAGACUUUUUCCUCCAUUGAAAAGUAGCGGGUAAAUCAAUCAGUCUUAUGGUUAGUAAAUUAGUAGUUAGUGCUACUAGCCUAGUAGUAUUAUAGACAAAUGGGUAUAAGCAUGUAUGAUCUUACAAACCCUCACAAUCAUUUCCUUCUUGUUUUUUAAACUCCUCACCAUCAUUUCCAAAACCAAAAUCCAAGAGCUUUUCUUCAUUUUUCUUAUUUUCUUCUUUGUAAACGAUGGGUUGGCUUUCGUUUUUGAAUCUUCUAAAGGAAGUUGUGGGUAUGUUCAACGAAUCCCGCAAACUCUUUCUCAAGAACAAGAAGUUGAUGUUCUCUGUCUUGGUAUUUUCUCUCUUGCUCAAUGGUUUAGUUUACUUGUUCAACAUCCUUACCAUUACACUCGAGAUAACAAACUUGACUCAACAUUUAAAGUUGUUACCUACGAUGGAUCCAAGCAGUGCGGAAUACAUAGCCCUACUUAUGGAAGUUUUUGCAGAAUUUGGCCUAUUUUUUGUUUCUUCAGACAUCUUUGGCGUUUUCUAUUUCAUCAUCAACCUUUUAUCCGUUCUAGUCAUCGUCCACGCUUCGGCUCUUACUUAUAAUGAUGAGAACGUCAACUUCAAAGAUUUUGUGGUUCUGUCCCUUAAAUCUUGGAAGGGACCUCUAGUGACCUAUUUCUACAUUUGUCUCUUCAGUCUUGGCUAUUGGUUGUUCUUCGUUACAAUACUUUUCCCUCUCCUUUUCUUAAGUACUGCUUCAUUGAUUUCCUUCGCAGCCGUGACCUGCGUUUUGCUUGUUCUGUUCGCAUUGUUUGCGUCCUAUCUAGCUAUCGUCUGGUACCUAUCUCUGGUCGUAUCGGUACUCGACGAAACUUAUGGGAUACAAGCGUUGGGGGAAGCUGUAAAGAUUGCUAAAGGGAUGAAGCCAAAACUAUUCCUCUUGAAUCUUUUCUUCGGUUUAUUGAUCUUCGGUUUAGCUCAGAUCGAGACUCUAGUGAGUCUAGUGAUGUCAACAUUUGUGGUGAUGUUUCUACUUAUGACUUACACCGUUGCAUUUUUUCAAUGUAAGGGCCACCACGGCCAAGACGUUGAGUCGCUGAGGGAUGCUGAAUAUACGACACUACCAACUACUUCGCUUAUGGGAGCAUUGCCUUGAAAACUUUAAAGAGACUGACAUAAUAUGUUAAUAGUCUCGUGAAUGGAUUGCUUGUUUUUUGUUUCGUUUUAUUUUGGGAUUUAGUAAACUACUAGAUUUUGACCCGUGCAACCGCACGGGUGUUUGUUUUCACUUUUCUAUACAUAAAUUAUUGUUUUAGAACAUAAGUUGUAUAUAUUUUUAAUGUUAAUCAUA